GAUGUAAUAUAUAAAUGUGCUGUUAUUUGUGUUAUUUUUAUUUAUGCUAAAUAUACUGUAAUUCUGUUCAGAUUUUGACAUUUUUGAUGCAGACAGUUUUGCUUUGUCAAAUGCUUGCUUCAUAAUACCUUAGCAGCUGUUUGACUGUCAACUAAUGAGGAACUGAAAAGCACAAAAAAGAGUUAAUUUGCAUGAACAAAUUACAUAUUUCCUUUGAAAUCAAGCAAUAUGAGAAUGUCGAAACUUGAACCUUUCCGAUAUGUUAGCACGGUUGUACUUUUAAAAAUAUAUCUUUUUAAUGCUUGAGUUGUGAACCUAAAUAAUUAUCAACCACUUUUAAUACUGCACAGACUUCUAAUUAAGCAACAUAUGGGCAAGCUCAACUGACAGUGCAAUCUUGUGCAGGAGCAGGAUUACCUUGUUUCUAGGAAGCCAGCAAUGUUUUAGACUUAAUCCAGCUUUUCACAAGAACACUUCAUAGAGGUCAUAAACUGAUUCCUUCGGUCACUAUGUGGGAAGCUGUAAAAGUAAACAAUCUCAUGGCCCACAUGUAAAUGCUUUACCGGACUGACACAAUUGAACUCUCUGUGGUGGACUUGAACAGCACAGGGAAAUAAGGAAGUAAGCAGUAGGAACAUUAGCAAGAAAGGCCGGUCGUGGGGACUGCAGCUCAAAGAGUGACGGGAAAUAAUGGCAUUCCUGUGAAGUGUAGGCUUCUAUUUUUAAAGUCUGAUUGGACGCAAGAUGACUGAGCUUCCUACGUCACAGAUGGAAUCAGAGGGGCCAGAAUAACCUUCCAUAUCAAUGAUUAGAUUACCGCAACCAGCCCAACAGUGGAUACAGGUAAAAUGUCAGUGUGCCACACAGCCCCCGUGCAUUGCUUUUCUCAAGAGCUGUGUCCUGAUUAAAUUAGCCUAACGUGGGAAGUUGCUAAUCUGAGCCAACCCAAGAUUAAGCCUGCAGGCUACCGAGAGUACAUGGGAGAAUGUGUGUUUGAGUGUGGGCUGCUGAGUGGGUGGUGGAUAACGAGGGUUUGCGGAGAACAAAUAAACCUUGCAGAACAUGAGGCUAACAAAGAUUCUCCUGUAAUUCUAUUUCGCCUUAAUUCAUCAUGUGAUGUCUUGUAUAAUACCAAAUGAAAUGUGUAUUAAUAACAAGCAGAACAAGCUUCAUUUGCAUUGGAAUUUGGCUCAUGUGUUGGGUGAUUUCUGUAGUGGUUGCACUCUGUUUCCAUAAAGAAGUGCUUUCGAGAACUUUUUCAUUUAUAACGUGGUCAAGCCUGGCAGGUGGCUAAUUAUGCAAGACUAUACAAAUGUGAUACGCCUGCAAAGCUACUAAGACCUGGAACAAACGACGCAACAUUGUGAUUAUAUACCUAGAAUACCUCCAUCAGUGGGCUCAUGAUUAUCUCAGAAUUACCCACUUGAAGUAAUGAGAAAGCUGUUAUUUGCAUCACAUAUGCUAGAUGAUUUUAAGAGCGAUGUUAAGUGCGUCAUAAUUUACACAACAGUUAUUUUCAACAAAUCAUUGGCAGAGUGGCUCGGUAUCUGGAAUACUUGAUUCUCAUUGGUUAAUUGCGGGUAUCAGAUAUUUGCAGUCGUCCACAGCAACGUUCGUACAAACUUAGUAUAUACUAAUUAUAAAUACAUUUUAUCGUAAAAUAUAUUAAAGUAGAAAACUUUAAAUUGCAAUAAUAUUUCACAUUACUACUAUUUUACUUUAUUUUUUAAUCAAAUAAAUGCAGCCUUAGUGAGGCCAAAUAUCAUUAAAAAAUCUUACCAGCCCAAGGCAUUACAACAGUAGUCAAAAAUCACCCACACUCAGUUGGAAAAAACAGACCUGCAAAGUUAGCCAUCUUCUUGCUUAAUAACCUUUUCAUGUGAAUUAGGUGGAGGUGUAAAUGAUUCUUGUGUAAUUUUUGUAUUCCCACAAUACUCAUUUAUUCCCACUUCCUGUUGACAUACCUAUGAGCCAUGGCCCUACGCAUUGACAGGUGUGGCCCAAUGCUUCCCCCUCUGUUUUUAACAAAGGAAUCAGGGUAAAAAAACAAUCGGAAUGGACAGACGGAUACAGACUUGAACAAAUCUCAGACUUGAAAAUGGGAACGGGAAUGACUUUGAUGCUUUGGAAUGCUGCUCACCCACACAUGCACAGACGCCCACAUAUGUCCCACACAUGUCUCAAACAUUUGAUUACACAUAAAGAUACCCAUUGUACGUGACACUUCAGAUCGGUCACAUCCACCCAUUCCAUUUAAAGACGAGCUUGCAUGAAUAAGGCUAAGUGAUUCACUGAAUGCUGUUUAAAUUGGCAAGAGACGAAAAACCUCUUCAACCUAAUUCCCUUUAGGGUGGAAAAGCAGCUAAACCUUCUUAGAGCACAUUGUGUCAGCUUGUUAGUAAAACCCGUACAAUGACAUAAUUCAUCAUCUACAAAUUCUAAAUCAGUUUCAGGUUUAUGGCCUCCACCUUGCUGUGUCACUGUUUCAAAAAGGAGAUGAGGGAAGGUGUUAGACUCGAUAUUAAUGCGAGAAUACGGAACACAUUACAGUACUGUUGUGUUAUAAAGUUGUAGGUACAUUGUUAUUAUGACUACUAACAACUUUUAAUGCAUUAAUAUAUCUUUAAGCUGAAAAUUAGUUUUUAUUAUUCAUUUUAUAAAAUGAUUAAUGGGUCUUGAAUGAGUUGUUUAAAACCAACAUAUAUCGCCAUUGUCAACUUCCUCGUUCUGGUCUCCACUGCAUAUUAAUAUACACUAUCAUAUGUGCUAUUUCUGCAUUAUGACUUCUCAGUUACUAAUUUGAAAUAUAGUUCUAUAUAGUCCUGUAUUUUAGAGUUUGCUCUAUGGUAGAGUUUACCGGCUUAAACUUCCAAGUAUAUUUAUAUAAUAUGCACACUUUUAUAUCUUGAAAUGUUGAUCUAUUUCAUCAUAGUUUCUCAUCUUUAACAUCUCUGCUGCUCUACUGAAGUGGCGUCACAAACUUCCUGCGAUUUGAAUUCCUCGUAAGUUUGUUGUUUUUCGUCGACUUCUCUUGUAUCCAAGCAAUGUGUUUUCCUUGACUGGUUGCCCAGUUACUUCUUUCUGACGUCAAGACAUAGUCACGCCCCUCCUAAAAAUCAAACGCUUCUCCACGUUAACCUCUUUUAAGGUGGCUCAGAUAUUAUACUUUUGCAAUACGUGUGUUUCCCCAACCAAACAAACCUCGUUUUCGCUUUUAGAUUGCAUCUGAGUGAUUGUGAAGUGAGAAAUUCAUAGAAUAUUUUGAAAUGCCCAUACAGAAUCAAAUCAAGCAUGUGAUUUGGGGCCUCCACCUUAAAACACAUGCUGACGUCGCAAGCCGCAAAGUCUCCACCCCUUCUGUGAGCAGCUUUGUUAAAGAGGUGUUAUACUUGAACUCCAGCGCUCGAAUGCUGUCACACGGAGUAGUUUCGGAUAGCAGGAGCACUGGAAAAGACUUGGGAUUUAACCCGGCGUCUGCUCUGGGACGGCUGAUUCAUUAAACCAAGCGUACCGGCUGUUGUAGACACAUCCUAGUGGAGUUUUUUUUUUUUUUUUUGGACAAAUCUAAACUACAUUCAAUUUUUCUCUAUACAUGCCAAAACUAGGCAACCUUGUGGAGGAUUCUGAGACAUUGUCGCGAAACUUUGAAGUUUUCGCCACAAUAAUUGGCUAUCGAAUGGACCAGCAUCCGAGCGCCCGGAGCUGCAGCAGUCGCGGAGCUGCGCCGUCCUGCGAGAGCGUCUCCGGCGAGCCCCCCAUGAAUUUGUACAUCCACUCCACCACCGGCACACGCAUCGAGAUCUCCCUUCCCGCUGAAGAGACCGUGGAAGGGCUAAAGCGAAGACUCUCUCAAAGACUGAAAGUACCCAAAGAAAGACUCGCGCUGCUACACAAAGAAACACGCUUGAGUUCAGGAAAACUUCAAGAUUUGGGAAUAACGGAUGGGAGCAAGUUAACGCUGGUUCCAACAGUUGAAGCAGGCCUAAUGUCUCAAGCAUCAAGACCAGAGCAGUCAGUAAUGCAGGCGCUGGAGAGCUUGACAGAAACGCAGGUCAGCGACUUCCUGUCGGGACGGUCUCCUUUAACACUGGCUCUGCGAGUAGGCGAUCAUAUGAUGUUUGUCCAACUGCAGUUGGCAGCUCAGCACUCUGGCGGCCCACAGUUACAGCAUCGACAUCUCAUAUCACGUGGGAGUUCAGAGGGCACGACAGGACAGCAUGCAGCCUCAGGCUCUGCCUCUGGGAUGGCAAGGGUUUCACACAACCCUCACCCACAUCACUCACACCCACAUCCUAAUCAUCCAAACACAACACUUCCAUCUUACCCAGCAGCGUUCCCACCUUCCCCCUCUAUCCCAUCUAUUCCUCCCAUGUACCCCACCUCAGCCCCAGGGCACUGUAGCCCUCCACCACACCCCUCUCAAGUCCCGGGAAGUUUUCUUCACUCCCAGCAGCCAUCUUCAGCCUGUCCCACCUCUCCAAGCAGCCCUAGCCCUGAAGCAUCCUGUCCAGAGGCCAGCUGCCCAGCAAAGACAUCUGGCAAUUGUAACACUCCCUCAAGAUCCCGCAAACCAGGGGCUAUCAUCGAAAGUUUUGUGAACCAUGCUCCUGGAGUUUUUUCUGGGACAUUUUCAGGCACUUUGCAUCCCAACUGUCAGGACAGCACCGGACGUCCUAGACGAGAUAUAGGCACCAUCCUUCAAAUCUUGAAUGACCUUUUAAGUGCCACUCGGCAUUACCAGGGCAUGCCACCGUCGCUCACACAGCUCCGCUACCAGACCCAUUGCAACAGCCCCAGCUCGCCCACACCGUCGCCACCACCUUCACCUCCCCACACCCCCAGACUAAGCACCCUGCCUACCACAGUGCCCUCUGAGACCCAGCCCACCCUCCACCCACUGGUGCAGUGCCAGAGCCAGAUCCGCAUGUGCAAGCCUCCUGGUGACCGAUUGCGUCAGACAGAGAACCGAGCCACGCGCUGCAAAGUGGAGCGACUGCAGUUGCUCAUGCAGCAGAAGCGCCUGCGCAGGAAGGCCCGGCGAGACUCCCGCGCCCCGUACCAUUGGCUCCCCAACCGGAAGGGUGGACGCAGCAACAGUAACAGCAGUAUGUCUAGCGAAGGCUCCCUGGACCUGGACUUUGAAGACUCUGUGUGGAAGCCAGACGUCAAAGCUGAUAUGAAAUCAGAAUUCAUCAUGGCCUGAAGCAACAACGGUUGUGCCAUCUUCAUCGAGGAAGACUGAGGUUUACAUUUUUUACUGAGGAAACUUUCUGAAGACUGUGUCCAAAGCUGCACAUUCAGAAUCUCGUAGGCAUCUCUCCUCAUCUAUUCUGUGACCACGAAGACUUUACACAAAGGAAUAGUCACAGACUUUUACUUACCUUUCAUCCUUGAUAGACUUUGAUCUUGGAAUAGACUCAAUUUUCAAAUGACGAUGUUUGGAUAUGGAUUGGACUGACAAAUAGACAGAAUUUGGACUCAGAACGUCCAUUAAGUAAACACAAAUGAGCAUAGCAGACAUCAUUGGUGUUGAGAUUUGUUCUUCUCUUUACUUUUUUUUAUUUCAAGGGGGAAGAGCCAUAAAGGCCAAAUACAGGCACAAUGAACUAACAAAAAUCAGAAACUGAAGCUACUUCCUCCUUUUUUUCAUUACAAAUGGGCAUUCACAGUUCAAGAAUCAUUUGAAGGGGGUUAUCUUUGUUUUUAAGUCCUGUUUUUCUUGAAUCAUGAUGAUGAUACAAAAUAUGUAGCAUUACCCACAAAGCAUUCAGGUUUUCUAUCUUGUAGAUGAGGAGGGUUCAUUUGCACACACACCCGUGAUUUUAAAUAGACAAAUAAUAUCAUAACAUAACCAAGAGAUGGCACAGUGCAUGUUUAGUAUAAAUAUAUUUACACAAAAAAAUGUUUUCUCAACAACAGCUCACUCGACUAAAGUCAGAGGUUCAAGUAGGAAACUAAAACAUGAAACGAAACGAAAAUAAGCAAGAUGCAAGGCUUGUGAAGUAGGUUGUUUUUAGAAUAUAUAAAAAAUGGCUUUUCUUUUUUACCUCCGUGUAAACAUACAAACCAACCAAACGUAAAACAGCAAUUGCUAAGCAAGGCUGUUAGAUGAAUCUGAUGUUAUAUAAUCAUUUAAAUACACACUGUAUCUCUCCUGUUACUGUUUAAAUGUGUAUAAUAGAGAGGGUGCCAGAGGAAUAGUUUACAAUUGUGCAUUAUAAUGGCACGCUCUGCCAAAGUGGAAUCUCUCAUUUAUGCAUUUGACUAAAACAAACCGCCAUUCAAGGGUGUUAUCCCAGCAACCACUUACAUUUGUGAUACAAUUUUACUAAGACUACCAAUAUUUAGUUGUCCAUUUGGCCAGACUUCUUUGCAGAUUCCCAUGUAAACAUCCAGACCGGAGUGUAUCCUCCACUCUCGAUAGUGCCUCAUACCCUCAUACGUAGAUGCACUGACAUAUUCUAUCAGGCGUUCCACAGACAGACGGUUCUGCUGCUAUAUGGGACUUCUCUUUGCAUGAAAAAGCGUGAUCUAUCCUGAUCCUUUUUAUAGAAGAAAAUAAUAACAACAAUACUGAGAUACUGGUGCUGAAAAGAAAAGAUAUACAAGCAUGAAUUUUUGAAAAUGGAAAGAAAAAAAAAUGCUCCAGCUACUUGGGAUUUUUGAAGUAGGAACAUGAUGUUACAUAUCAGUCUCAAACCAAAACAGGACUGGAAUUCUACUUUACAUGGAUCAUUCCUGGACUAACUAAGGAACAACGGAACAUGUUCUACUCACAACAUCCAAGGGAUCCUCAGAGCAAACCCCCAACACUCCCAUCGGACUAACAGGGAUGUUAGCAACCAACGUUCGCCCCUAAUGACUUCUUGGAAAUAAACGUGAAAAUGUCCUGAACCACACUGAUGUUGCACUCACUGAGUUUGCAAUGAGAUUACCUACCUGAAGGGGAACAUUGUCUAUUCCUUUUUUUUUUCUGUUCAAGUGGCCUUAACGUUCAUCAUCGAAACACUUGCAGAGUGGUGGACAACAUAGGGAUGUUUUUUUUUCUUUUUGUCCAGUGUUUUUGUUAAAGCAUAAAUUUUUCGGGGGCAGUUUUUGUGUUUAGGAGGUGGAGGCUCUAUUAUGUCAAGGCUUCAGUGCCUUAAAGUUUUGCCCCUUCGGUGUACGAAAAAAAAUCGGAACAAAUCAAUUCACAUUUUUGCAGGUUUUUAUCAAUUUAUAGGAGCUGUGGUAGAAUAUUGUGUGUUUUAUGGUUUGAUUGUUACCAGUCACGACCUGGAGUUCAAACAGGUUCCAUCAGUGUGUUCCAUUGUUUGUUUGAUUACGUCCCUUGAACCCUACUGUCCUACAAAGAAGCAACAAAUUUACAAAUUUAAUUGAAAUAAAAAUAUAGUUUCAACUGCAGUGCUAUAUCAACAAAGUGCCCUAACUCUCAAUUGAGAUGUCCUUUAAGGACACACUGACAACAUGCACUUCCCUUCUUCUCAAAUAAACAACUUCAAUGGAUGAUUUCUCCCUCCCCCCCGAGAAAAUCAUUGUUUAAUUUUUAUAUAUGUAUAAAAUAUAUUCUGUCUGCCUCACCUAUAUGUAAAGCGGUAAAAAAAAAGUAAAAAAUUCAAAAAGCAUAGGAGAUGAUCUGAGUUUUAGGACUGGGUAAUUGAAUAAGGGUGGAGGGAGGGAAUGGGGAGCAUUUUCAAUAGUUUGUGGAGUUCUGAUCACAUCAUUUAAGUUGCCUGUUCUUUCUUGUAGCCAAUGAAAACUGAUUACAAGAGUUGAGAAAAAAAAAAACAAUUUACUAUGUUCUAGCUAUAGACCGGUGUAGCACAUAUGUGACUGUAUUAAUUUAUGAAACCAAAAUGGUAACUGUGAAUUAUGUAUUUCUUUGUGCUUUUUUUAAAGUGGGCAGAAGGCAGUAAAGGGCGUGGCUGUGCCCUGUUUUGUUUUUGUGGAACAUAAUGGAAAUAAUCAAGUAAAAAAAAAAAAGGAAAAUAUCUAAAUAUAUUUUUUUUCUUAAGCAAUACAUUUCAGUGUGACUUGUGAUAGGACAUUUUCUUUUUUUAGGUAAUAAAUUGAAAGAAAAAAGUU